UAGUUCAGAAGUGAAUUAAUUGCAAGCAACAACAAACGAUAUCUUCGUGUCGGCUCUUGAAAAGAUUUGUUACUUUUAAAAUGGGCGAACGCUACAAUAUUCAUAGCCAGCUGGAGCAUCUGCAGAGCAAGUACAUUGGCACAGGACAUGCGGACACCUCGAAAUUCGAGUGGCUUACUAAUCAACACCGCGAUUCUCUGGCCAGCUAUAUGGGACAUUAUGAUAUGCUAAAUUAUUUUGCUAUAUCCGAGAAUGAGUCGAAGGCGCGGGUUAAGUUCAAUCUCAUGGAACGCAUGCUGCAACCUUGUGGACCGCCACCAGAGAAACUUGAUGAUUAAAAAAUAACUGCAAAAAGAAAAUAAAAGGAAAAUUGAA